AUGUCGAGGUAUGAACUAGCCCUCGAGUCCGCUAAAUGGUACAAUCCCCCACUUAACAUCGUCGUUAUCGGUCAUGGUGAUUCUGGCAAGUCGACCCUAGCCGGGCACUUGAUGUACCUGGCUGGUAGUGUCGGCCGGGAUGCCAUACACGAAUUUGAAGAGGAAGGAGACAGUUCCUCUAAGUAUGCUUGGAUUGUUGACAAGACCAAGGAAGAGCGAGAUGAGGGCAUCACCAUGAACGCUACCCUUGCCCGGUUUCAGACCUCAAAAUAUCAAAUCACGAUGAUCAAUACCCCAGGUGACUCCGACUACAUCGAGAACGUGGCCAUGGGUGCUGCCGUAGCGGACUGUGCUCUCCUUGUUGUCUCGGCCGAUCCAAAUGAGUUCAAUGACGGUCUGCCUCAGGUGCGUGAGCACGCUUUGCUCGCCUUCUUUCUUGGUAUUAGACAGGUUAUUGUUGCGGUUAACAAGAUGGACCUCUGCGGGUGGAGUCAGGACCAAUUCAAGGACGUUUCCGAGAAAAUCCGUACUCUUCUCAGAAAGAUUGGCUUUAAUAUCAUGACGAUCUCUUUUGUACCCACCUCUGGUUUCGAAGGUGACAACCUGCUCGUCGAAAGCGUCAACUUGCGCUGGUAUACGGAAGGAACCUUCUCUCAGUAUGGCCUUUCUAAGCCAGGAUUUACUAGGCAGUUACUCUAUCGGGAAGGAGAAGCGAGUGGCACGAGCCUACUUGACGCUAUUGAUACUAUAGAAGUUCCUGCUCGUCCAAAGGACAAGCCCCUUCGUGUAACCAUUCACAGUGUUCAUGACAUUGAUGGUGUCGGGACCGUGCCGGUUGGCUGCGUGCAAACGGGCACUCUCUCUCCUGGGAUGUCUGUCACGUUUGCUCCCAGUGGUACGACUGCCGAAGUUCUAUCCAUUGAGAGACAUCAUGAGGAGCUUGAAGAGGCUAAGGCGGGGGAUAUUGUUAGCUUUAGCAUUAGCGAUGAUGGGCCAGUCAGCCGUGGUGAUGUCGCUAGUGAUCCAGACAACGACCCUGCUACAGGCUGUGAGUCCUUUGAUGUACACCUUAUGGUUAUUGGGCCUCACUGUCAGAUCAGCAGUGGUGAUACUGCUACUGUUUUCUGCCACACAGCCAACGUUGAGUGCACGCUUGAGCCCCUGAGGAAGAUUGAUCGCCGUACGGGCGAAACUGUUGAAAAUAACCCCUCGUCCCUCAAGCAGGGUGAUACUGGCGUUGUCAAGAUUAUCCCCUCCGAGUCAAUGUGCGUGGAGGUAUAUUCCAACUACCCAGGCCUCGGCCGUGUAGUAGUGCGUGGCUCGGAUAAGACAAUUGCUGUGGGAAGGGUUGUUGACGUCGAGACAGACUAG